AUGCUGCAGGAUGCAAAUGCUCAGAGUUAUGGGCAGUACGUACUGAAUUACAGUCUUGGAGCAUCAUUUAUUCUUUACAGUGCAUUUCUGAACAUGUUAAGUGUUAAUUUUUGUUGGCUGAAGACGCUAGAAAGAUUUAGCAGUAGUAAAUUCCUGAAUGUUGGACUAGAAGCAAAUGUUCUUAGUGUGCCAAAACUGCAGCAGGAUACACCUAAAUCAGGUACUAGCUGCAGUUCUCGGUGUUCAAGUUCCAGGCAGGAUUCUGAGAGUGCAAGGCCAGAAUCAGAAACUGAGGAUGUGUGGGAGGACCUCCUACACUGUGCAGAGUGCCACUCUUCCUGUACUAGUGAGACAGAUGUAGAAAGUCCUCAAAUGAAUCCAUGUGUGAAGAAAGAAUAUAGAGAUGACCCAUUUCAUCAGAGUCACUUGCCUUGGAUCCAUAGUUUGAAUCCAGUUAGAAAAAUAAGUGCAAUUGUAUGGGAGGGGAAUGACUGCAAGAAAGCAGAUAUGUCUGUGCUUGAAAUCAGUGGUAUGAUAAUGAACAGAGUGAACAGCUAUAUACCAGGAAUCGGUUAUCAGAUUUUUGGAAACAUCAUAUCUUUAAUCUUGGGUUUAAUGCCAUUUGUAUUUCGACUUUCCCAAGCUAAAGAUUUGGAACAGCUAGCUGCACAUUCUGCCACUGAACUUUGCAUUACAGCAUUUGGAUCAAAUGGAGACAUUCUGGUUCUCUCAAUGGUUGUUAUAAGUUUUGUGGUCCGUGUGUCUCUAGUGUGGAUUUUCUUUUUCCUACUGUGUGUGGCAGAGAGAACUUACAAACAGAGGCUACUUUUUGCUAAACUUUUUGGUCAUCUAACAUCUGCCAGAAGGGCAAGAAAGUCAGAGGUUCCUCACUUCCGUUUGAAGAAAGUACAGAAUAUAAAAAUGUGGCUUUCUCUCAGGUCCUAUCUAAAGCGUCGAGGUCCUCAGCGCUCAGUUGAUGUAAUAGUUUCAUCUGCCUUCCUCCUGACUAUCUCAGUUGUGUUUAUCUGUUGUGCACAGCUGCUUCACAUGCAUGAGAUCUUCCUUGAUUGUCACUACAAUUGGGAACUAGUAAUUUGGUGCAUUUCACUAACACUUUUUCUAUUGAGAUUUGUUACUCUUGGAUCUGAAACCAGUAAAAAAUACAGCAAUACCUCAAUAUUACUUACUGAACAGGUGAGAAUUUGUGCAGAUAUACGUUUUUCUAUCUAAAUAAACCAUUUGUCA